AUGUCUUCAAAAAAAUCGAGAUCGAGAAUGAAAAGUCUUCUCGGAAAACCCAUUAAGAAUUACAAUUCGUUGGCUCAACAAGGCAACGUUGGAGGAGGAGCAUCAACAUCUCGCAGAGCAAUUUCAACUAACAAAAAUCACCUUAAAGCAAAAAAUGUUGAAACCCUUUCUACCAACACCUCACGAGAAUAUCCUCAGUCCACUGGUGGUAAAACAAAAAAAUCAGUUAAAUUCCAAAUGCCGGGUAAAAAUGAGGAAUGGCAAUCGGCUGAACGAAGCAGGAUUUUUAACGAAAAAGUUCACGAAGAACGCGAAUUAUUAAGAAUGAGAACAAGGCAACAACCAAUGAUUGCUGCAAUCGACAUUAGAGGCAAGUAUAAUGUCAAGACAUUUCUUUUCAAUGCUCUUGCUCACACAUUUUACUUUUUGAUCAAAGGUACCACGCAGGAAUCAGUUAUGCAUUGGAAGGGAUUUCUUUUCAAGGCGGAUCCAAUACAGAAUAUCGCAACCGUGAUCAUAAGACCCUUUCCGGGAAGAUGUGAAGAUCAUGUUAGACUUGAUGAAAUUAUGAAUAAACAUCGGCUUUGGAUGAAGCAUUAUAUAACGUUGCCUUAUGCUUUUGAGUUGAUUAAUCCCAAUACUGACGAAAAUUUAUACUUAAUCGAGCCCAUACAAAAACCAACUUCUAUUCGAAACAUAAACGAAGAAUACAUUUUCAUGAGAGACAAUGAAAUAGCGAGUAUUCAUUUUGUAGGCGUGAGUUGGCUAAACGACGAAAAGACAAGAUGCUGGCUCAUCUUCCCGAAUACCAGCAGGUUAAUAGAAAGGCUAAAGUUAACCACACGUCCUAUUGUUCCGUAUAUUAUAUGCGAAAAAACCUUAUCCAACAGUAUGACCAUCGCCAAAGAACACGAGAGAAUCUUUGACCACGAAACCAUUCAAAACAACCCGUCGCUCCGGGAUAUUGAAACCUUCAUUUGGAUUAAUAAUUAUCACGAAAUUAUGAAGAUAUGUGAAAAUCCUGGUAUUAGGUAUAUGAAUUUUGCCCCCGAUCCCGAUAGGUGUCCCGAGAUUAAAGAGAUGAACAACGUAUUGGACUAUUUGGGUGCAGUGUACAAUAAAGAUUAUAAUGAUGAUAUCGGACUUAUUCAUUCCUUUUAUGAGAAGCAAGUCCUUUUCAUGCCAAAUUUAAUGGAACUCAAGCGUUUGCCUAAUUGCAAGUUUCGUGGAUAUGGUGUAAAUCCUCAAACUCGGGAAUCCUCAAAUUUUGUGGAAUUCUUUCCACAAGGCGGUUUUUUGACUGUCACCACGGCAGUAUUCGUCAAAGAGCAAGAGGUGAUAAGUCGAGUACUCGCCGUUAUGAAACAUCAAAACAAAAUUUACAAUGAUUCAAAGUGGGAGCUCGUUUUAAACGAGAAUAUAUUAGGAUAUUUGGCGCACGUUGCAACUUCGAUGGAAACUCAGUGCCUAAACGCAAAAAUAGCAUAUCUUGAUUUGGUAAUGCACGCCAAGGCCAACAAAGUUCGAUACUUCACGGAACAAGAAAUUUUCAAGAUAACAAUGGAAAUCGACGAACCACCAACUAUGCUACUGAGUUUGCACCGAACAAUGAUACGAAUUCACACCAUGUAUUGGAAAGAACGUCGUCACUUCAUCUUGAUCUACGAUUCAUCUGAAGACAAGUCCAAUUUGGUUCCUCUUAAUGGAGUCGAACAGAUGACACUCGAGGAGUUCGAGAAUCAAUUUGGCGAUCACUCGGCAACCGAAUCCGGGCCUACCGCCAUGCAACUUGAAUGA